ACGUUUUUUUUUCCCCUCUCCCAAACAGUUUGUUUUAAUUUAUACGCAGAAACAACAACCCCAUCAUAUUCCUUGGCCAUAUAUGCCGCCCUAAAAUUGUGAGACCAAGUCACAAUAUUCAUUACAUAUCUAAUACUCUCUCAAUUGACUGCCGGCAACUUAUCAGUCUUUUUGUGACUAAUUCUCUCUCUCUUUCUCUGUCUCUUGAUGGUAGUCAAGUCAAGCAACUUCAUGCAAAGAAGAGAGAGGAAGAAUUCAAACAUGCCUUUGCUUGGUUGAUUCUAAGUGAUGAAAUGCAAUGAGAAUGGCUAAUACACACUACUCAGCAGCAGCAGCAGCAGCAGCAGCAGUAGCACCUUCACCGGCGUCGACACGUAGGCCAAUAAUACCACUUGAGCCACUACAGAUUCGAAAUUCAGUUCUAACCCAUAACCAUCUAUGGUGGGGAUUUGCUGUUGCCUUCGUUACUCUGUGUGUUGGUGCCCUUUUCUACUUUUGUCUCAAGAGCAACCUCAUUUCCAGUUGCAAACAACGUUGGAAGCCACAAGGAAAAUUGGAUGCGAAGAAAAUGAUGUUGAGGAGGUUCCAGUUGGAAGAGCUGGAGAAGGCGACCAACAAUUUCAGCCAAGAAUGUCUGGUGGGUUCUGGUGCAUUCGGAAAUGUCUACAGAGGCAUGUUCGGUGUGGAGGGAACACUCGCAAUCAAGAAAGCCCAUGCCGAUCCCUACAUUAGCAAGGACGAAUUCAGAAAUGAGGUUAGAUUACUCUCAAAAGUCAAGCACAGAAACCUGGUUGGUUUGGUGGGGUUCUGUGAAGAACCCGGGCCGAAAGGAGAGAAAAUAUUAAUCUAUGAAUACGUACCGAACGGUUCUCUACUUGAGUACAUUACUGGAAGGGGAGGGAGGACCUUAAGCUGGAGUGAAAGAGUAAACAUUGCCAUUGGAGCAGCAAAAGGCAUAGCUUAUUUACAUGAAGGCAUGAAGCCGAGCAUAAUUCACCGGGACAUAAAACCAAGCAACAUCCUAGUAGGAGAGGGAUUCGAGGCCAAAGUUUCAGAUUUCGGGUUAGUGAAAUCAGGUCCAAUCGGAGAUCAAUCGCAUGUCAGUAGUCAGAUCAAAGGGACACCGGGGUACCUUGACCCUGCCUACUGUUCAAGUUUCCAUUUGUCUCCGUUCAGCGAUGUUUAUAGCUUUGGAGUUAUACUUCUGCAACUUGUUACUGCUCGGCCUGCUGUUGAAAUAAACAGAAGUCGAUCUAAUUAUCAUAUUAUUGAAUGGGCAAGGCCAAGCUUGGAGCAGGGCAAUGUUGAGAACAUCAUAGAUGCAAAUCUACUGUCAGAGAAUUGCAACAUGAGAAUGAUGGUGAAGAUGGGACAACUUGGUCUAAGAUGUGUUGUCAAAGUUCCCAAAGACAGGCCUACAAUGACUCAAGUAUGGCAAGAGCUAGAGGCAGCCCUCCAUUCAUCGGACAACUUCAUUCCCAAGCACCCUUCAAAGGGUCCCACCUUUCCCUCGAGAUCAAUCGGCCACGGCACGUCUCGUCGAUCUAUGGAUAUCAAUGACUAUUCUCAAAGCUUUGUGAGCAUAGAUGGUGUGGGACUUCAAAGAUUUCAUGUGGACAUGGAUAGCAUAUCCUUGCAUAGCGCAAGCUUGAGAUGUUUCGAAACAAGUAGCAUAAGCAUCGACAUCGAUAACAACAUCUUGAGGGGAAUUUGCGAGGAAACAACAAGUGAUGAUUAUUAUGAGGAUAUGGAUAUCAGCUUGCCAAGGGAUUGAAUUGAUUUUGUUUUGUUUGUGUUUAUGGUUUCUAUAAAGAUAGAUUGAUGAUAAAUGUGAAUUAGCUUAUGUAUUUCUGAGUGAGAGGGUUGGACCUAUAGAACUUGGACAACUUGUGCUUCAAUUGAGGAGCUUUUGAUUGUCUA